AUGGCUCCCAAGAAGCAAAUGGUCCUCAAGUUGACCUCCUUCCGCUACAAGAAGGAGGGGAUCUCUGAGAAAGAAUUCCACGAAUACGCCAGCAAGUCGCAUGCUCCUAAGGCAGCCAUCGUACAGGCUCGCCAUGGCGCUAUCAAAGUGUGCCAGUACCACACUCCUAGCGCCAGCAAGAGGCUUAUCACUGAGAAGAUCCCUUGGGCCGUACGUCCAGGCUGGGAGAUCGAAGAUCACGACAUCAUGGUGUGUGUGUACGUGCCGAAUGCGGAGACAGCACAGGCGAUUGUGACAGACCCAGACUUCCAGAGCCUCGUGGCUGGCGAGGACGAGAUCUGUGACCAGACCCGCGCCAAGUUGACUGCGGGGUGGGAGGAGGUGUUCGUGGAGGAUGGCAAGGUGGUCGAGGCCGAUUAUGGUACAUUUGAGGAGCUCACUAGCCUUGGCCAUGAUAGCAAGCCCACUUCGGCUCCCGAGGGCAUCCGCAUCUAA